AUGGCAAGAAUCACCGACUUCAAAGUCCUCUGCUUCGACGUCUACGGCACCCUCAUCGACUGGGAGACGGGCAUCAUCACCGCCCUCGAGCCUCUCUUCGCCGCCAGCGGCCGCGCCCUGCCCCCGCGCGCCGAGCUCCUCCAUGCCAUCCACGAGCUCGAGGCCGCGCAGCAGCGCCUCACGCCAGCCCUCUGCUACCGCGACGUGCUCGCCGCCAUCCACCCGCAGAUUGCCUCGCGGUUCCAGCUGCCCGCGCCGCCGCCGACCGCCGCCGAGAACGCCGCCUUUGGCGCCUCCAUCGGGACGUGGCCCGCGUUUCCCGACAGCGUGGCGGCGCUGCGCCGCCUGUCGCAGCGGUACAAGCUUGUGGUGCUGAGCAACACGGACCGCGAGGCGUUUGGCGCGACGAACGCGGGACCGCUGCAGGGCGUGCCGUUUGAUCUGGUGAUUACGGCAGAGGACGUGGGGAGCUUCAAGCCGGCGAGCCGGAAUUUCGAGUACAUGAUGGACGAGGUGCAGAGGAAGCUGGGGGUUGGAAAGGAGGGAAUUUUGCAGAUGGCGCAGAGUCAGUUUCAUGACCAUCAUCCGGCGCAAAAGGCGGGGAUUAAAAGCUGCUGGAUCGCGAGGCCUGGUGCGGUCAUGGGAAAUAGGGACAAGGAGGUGUAUGACUGGAAAUUUGAUACGCUGGGUGAAAUGGCGGAUGCUGUCGCGGCGGAGAAGAGCUAG